AUGUAUUUCCCCCAGCAGCGUAGGGGUCUGGAGGAGAUGACUGGCCCAGUAUGUGGGGUUCGGUCCCCUCACACUCAGAGGGACGAUAUCCAAAACAUAAUUCAGAGGAUCAAGUCUGCUGAGCUGGCCCACCUUCUCCAUGCACACUACCCAGAGAGGGUGAGAGCACACGCACACGCACACGCACACGCACACGCACACGCACACACACACACACACACACACACACACACACACACACACACACACACACACACACACACACACACACACACACACACACACACACACACACACACACACACACACACACACACAUACACACCUGUCACCUGAAUGAUAAAAGUGUAGGAAGCUGUUUUGAGGGUCUGAUGUCUGUUCAAUCACUCAGGAUUCUGUUGGUUGUUGUGCUGUUGAGACCCUGGAGAGGCCAUAUCCCCACAGCCAGCAGCCACAGGCUAGCAUCAAGCAGCAGCUGGUUAAUGUGUAUGUGAGUUUUUAUCCCCUUCUCUCUUCUGUUGUGUUUACGGACAUAUUAAAAGUACGACAUUGGCUGCUAUUUAUUGAAACCCAUUCAGACAAUAAAAAAGAAAGCCUGGUGUUGCUACUUGCCAGAGCAAUUAUAUGGACUACCAUUAUGUCAUCAGCAGUAGUUACUGGCUUUCUGUCUAAGAUGUUAGAGUUAAGUGCAGUUUUAGGAUCCUUGGAUACUUCAAGAUGUAACAAUGUGUGAGUGAGUUGUUUAUAAAGUCCAGGCUGUUCUUCCAGACUGAAGGAACUGGAGCUGCAGAGGGCUCUGUGGGAGGACAGACAGGAGAAGGUGGCGGAACAGCGGAGGCUACAAGAGCAGCAGGAGCAGAAGCAGAAGCCCCAGGCCAAGAGGGCAGCUGUGGUGAACUGGUGGAGAACCCUUAAGGUGGAGGGGAGUAGGACCAAGGCCCAGCCGGAAGACACCCUGACCCAGCCCAGCCAGGCCCUCACUGAGACAGAGUCCAAGCUCCAACAGGCAGAGCACACCAUCACAAAGAUUAGGGAGCAGGUAUGCCACCUUGAGGCGGCUCUGAGAACUGCCCAGGAGGAUGUUGCUGAGCACAAAAACAUUCAGGACAGGGUGGGAGUUCUUCACAAAGACAAGGAGACCAACACGGUGAGAGAGGGACCUGGCUGGGCUGGGGAGGAGGCAUCAAAGGAGCGUAAGGACGUGGCUGUGGCUACAGACCCUGUGGAGGACCCAGGUAGAUCAGAGAAGGUAGCAGCCCAGCUUUUGACCUCGGAAGGUCUGCUGGUGACCCUCAGGAGGAUGGAGGCCAUGGUCAGCAGUGCCCUGGAGGCAGCUGAGCUGGUCAGGGAGAGUCAGCGAAGGGUCAGCCAGGUCAAGGAGAGAAUGGAGAGCAUCACUCAGAAGAUGGAGGAAGCUCUGACCAGAGCAGUGGACACAGAGGGUCAGCUCAGUGCCCUGGAGGCCAGGGUCACAGCCAAACCUCAGGUCAGUUUGUAUAGUCUUUUCUGUGUAUUACAGGAAUAGUGAGCUCAAAUAAGCCCUAAUAAUACAAGUUUAGAAUCAGAAUUAUUCUAGUAUCUGCAUUUUGAAUAUGCAGCCCCACAUUUACGCUCACAUGUCUGCUUUUGCAAUGAUUACCAAUGAUCUAUUAUACUAGGCUGUGUUUGUUUUCCUCCGGUAAAACCCUUAAAAGUUAUUUACAGCCGUUUAAUUUGCAUUUCCUCUCUCUCUUCUGUUCCGAAGUUGCCAGGUCCUAUAGGGCAAACAGCCCAGCCUGAUGUUGAAGCUGUAGGCAGAGACAGACCCAGGAACCCCUCUCCACCAGAGCCUGUGAGCGACAGCUACAGCAAGUCUCGAUGGCCCCUUAUAAGCGGUAUGAUGAGACUACUACUACUGAAAUACAGGGCAAACACAGCAUUUGUAUGUCACUGACUGUAGCAGUAUUAAUUAGCCUAUUCUACUGUAAGAGGAGAAACACAGAGAGAAACAAAUUAGUUAGCCACUUUCCUUUUUAUUAAUAGUCCCUGGGGAUGCUACUGAAAUAGACCCAGCAGACUGUAAGGUAUACAAAGCAGCUGGCGCAGAGAGGCUGAAGGCCCCUUGGUGAGUGUCAGUCAUCAUGAAGGGUUUACUGUGACCACCAUGGGCCUUUGCCCUUCUUUUCUGUGUCUCAGAAGCCCUUUUAUCUGGGGAGGAAUAGAGGAAGCCCCUCAGUAGAAACACUAGGCUGUAAACAGUGAACAUUUGGUGUGGUUUGCUCUCACAGCUAGAGGGAAGACCAGCUCUGUUUGGUUCACACGAAAGGGAGCCAUGCUCAUGUGCCCUCCAUGAUGGGAGUCCAUCUAUGCAAAGUCACAGCCGUAUUGUUUAUUUGUUCCCUAGCCUUCUUCACGGUCAAGUUGAUGAGUUUGGAAAAUCUUGAGAAUGCUGGAGAUCAGUGGUGGUUGUUUGGUAUAAACAGGCCUACUGGUCAGUGUUUGUAGUGUGUUGGUGAUCAGAUCAGGACAGUAGGUUUACAGUACAGUGUAGUUUAUCACCUGACCCUUGCACCUGUUCUGCCAGGGUUUUGUGGUGAUGAGUAGUCUUCUAUUUGCUUAACAAAUGAAGCAGCUGCCAUGAGAACAGCAAUAUGCCAGAAGCAUCCUCUGAUGCUCAAAUAACAUCAUUACACUGACCUUAUGCAUUCUCACCUGGCAGACAUUCUCACACAACCAUAGAAUAUGGCACAUACUGCAUGUAGGUAGUACAGGCACUGCAGGUGGGAUAUGUGAUAUGUGGACUACUGAAAGCCAGCACCAGGAUAAUGUAAUACCUCUAGAUGUGGGCUGUGUGUAAUCUAACCCAAUUGAUAUGGCUCCUGGCUGUUUUCACUUUAGAAGUAACUCCCCAUAAAAGGAGCUCUGGAUGCCAGCAUCAGCUCUUGCUUGACAUUAAAAAUCAAAUGGAAUCCAUCCAGUAAGACAGGAUGAACCUCCAGCCCUCUCUGCAUGGAAAUGAAGAUAUUUGGAAUAUACCUUGCAAAUGUAGGCCUGUUAAGGUGUUAGUAAAAGGCCAGUAUUCCAACACGCUGACUGUAACAUCUCCUGGAAUAAGCUUGUAGGAUAGUAGCCUUCGUCUGUUUACCUUGUUAUCUACAUUCUACUAAGUCAUUCUACUCCUAUUUACCCAUAAAACCCUAAAAGCAAUUUUAUAUCCCCUGCACAUCGUUUUUCAUACCAACCAGGAGAGUUUAAUAUGGGCUAGUGUUUAUUAGAAUAUAUUAACCUGAAUUCAAGUAUGUUUUGUUCAUACUGAACAUUUUGUGCCAAAACAUUUGUAUUUAGUAGUACGGUAAACUAAAGCAAUAUUGUACAUACAGUACUGUAGGCCCUAUCAUUAUGUACAACAUCACUUGUACAGGUGCUUAUGGUUUUACAUGAGUAAUACCUAUAGGACUAGAGCAAAGACUUGUAGAGCAGGUGUAUGUCACUAUCAAGAGACUGGCUCAAUUCACAUACACAUGUAACAAGAUAUGUAUAUUUGUUUACUGAAAUCAGCAGUGGCAGGGGCGAAUGUGACAUUUCUACUAUAGUCAGAAAGCAAAAGGGCUCUUAUGACCAUUUAUGCUUUUCUGAGGCUGAGAGCUCUUGGUGGCGACAUUGUAAAAUAAAUACUACACAAGAAUGAAGUGCUUCCGAGAUGUUUUGCCAACGCGAGGUGCAAACUGAUGUUUUCCUGUCUGUCCACUGUUGGAGUUAAAUAGCUGAGAUGUGGUUUAUUUUCAUCACAACCUGCCUCUGACCCCAGAAUGAAUGAAUUAUAGAUCCUUGUGAUCAUUGUAUUUCCCUCUGUAAUUAGAUCUAAAAACCAUGAGCACUUUUUCAGUGAUAAGGAUGCUUCAAGUAGCAUGUAGCAUUGGUGUCAUUUUGAUUUUUGUUUGUUCGCAAUGACGUAACGACAGUGUCUUUCAGGAGAGGUUCAAAAGGAUAUGACACAAUAGACCUAUCAUGGACCAAGUGCUUUCAACCAGAGGAUCAAGCGUCCCAUGGAAUUGGUUGCCAGGUUAUUGUUGCCCCUAGAAAUGGAGGUAGGGGGUGAGGUAGAGGACUUCCUGAAAUACUGUCCGGUCCACCAAUUAGACAGACAGCUCACUCGGUGCGUCAUCCUCAGAGGAAUACUCCCCAAUUUAGUGCAUUUUAAUGCCAUUCAUUUACAUGACAUACAGUACAGUACCAGUAACAUGCAAAUUGAGCCCCUCCUUUCUCUGGUUUGGUUCAAACAGGGGCCAUUUAUUCACAAACUGGAGGAGGCAGCAACAGUGGCAGCAAGGUAAGAUUAUUUUUAAUUUUUUCGGUACUUUAGGUGUUGUAUAGGCUAACAUAACAAAUAAUAAAUAUUGUUUGCAAGUUCAUAUUUUACUACACGUCUUCUCCCUUUUCCUACAAUUCUGAUCUAUUUAAUUUAUUUCCUGAUGUAGUGACAGUUCACUGUCUGAAUCAUUAUUAUGUUUGUCUUAUAACCCAGAUGACUAAGCUCUUUGUUCUCUGUAUAUGUUCAGUAGCAUGAUCCCACAUGUGCUGACAGCCUGUGCAUCUGAAUGGAGCUUCGCGUUUUGAUCUAAUUGAGUUAAAUAUGAGAGGAAUAUCUAGAAUGUUUUCUACAGCCAUUUCUCCCUUUCUCUCUAAUCCUUUCUGGGCUUCAAACACCCAAACCUGAGAUAAACAAUUAUCCAUGUCAGCCCAUAUUAGAGCAAACUGUACUGCUGCUCCCAGAACAGUGAGAUACAGGCUAGCUGUGUCAUUAUUGGAUCAUUUAAUAAUCACACACUGACAGGAGGCCUUUUCUCUUUUUGUUGUGAUCUGAUUUAAAAUGUAAACAGGUUCCAUAAUGUGUCCGCUGUUACUGGUUCUACCUUCCACUUACUUAAUGUGAUAUGUAGUAUCCCCUGUUUCUCAUGCUCUCUAAUGGUCUUAUGGUCUAUUACUGUAAAAAAGCUUAUAAACUCAGAUCAUCCAUAACAUUUGAGAAGCUUAUCAGGAGAGCUUUUUUAGUCUGUGUGCCUCUGUAUGUAGAGAACAGAGGAUGCAUAUGUGUGCAUGAGCAUGCAUGCAUGUGCGUGUAUGUCUGUGUGUUUAUUUUAGGCGCUCAGUAGGAGCUACCCAUCCACCCUUCAUUUCUUGAGGUUAUGUGACUGCUUGGAAGACUGUUUACACCCUAAACUGUGUCCUAGACUCUGAUCUGGUGGGGGAUUGAGGAAUUAUAGUUUGAGUUAUAGGGUGUUUUGAUCAAACACACACAUCCAAACUCUACCCCUCCCUGGUCAGACCUCUGCCCCCACAGAAUGACCACAGAGAGGAGAAAAAAAAAGCAAGUUGACGCUCCCAGGCAGAGUACGUGCUCAGAGUACGAGCUCAGAGUUGGAGCUCAGAGUUGGAGCUCAGAGUUGGAGUGUAAUUCAGGAGAUGUGAUCAGUCAGGGCUGAGUGGAGCGGAGCGGCAGCCUUAGAGAAGAGCUGUACACAUACACAGCAGCAGCCCAGAGAGGCACACAGAUCCUUCUCCUUAAAUGGUCAAAGCUCCCAGGAGUGAAAGAGAGGCUGGUGCUGGGGAAAAAAAGACGGGGAAAGGAAAGGAAAAGAGACAGCCAGGGAUAGCUGGGUUUUCUGGGAAAAAAUCUGGGAAUGACAGUUUGACUGAGGGAAGGUUCUGUCGGGUGUUUUAUGUGGAGUUUAUGUGGAGCUAAGCAGUGAAGGUGGUAUCUCUCACAGGAGAUUACAGGUACAGCUAUGAUCUAUUCUCUGCUCUGUGGACAGGUAGAGAUGAUGUAUUGUACGCACGUUUUAUUUGUUUAAAGAUUAGAGGGUCUGCAGCUGCAUGACAUGCACUUUAUCGUUAGUAUCUUUGGCUAUGUACAUUUGCACUGUUCAUCAUCAUUUUGGGGUUAUUAUGAUUUUGUUGGAAUAUGCAUACUUUUGGUGAGGGUCUAUAGGCUGUCACUUAUUGGGAAGAUGGCAAUGGUUUGCUAAGGGGGAAUAAUAAUUACAAGAGUUGGUUGGAAGUUGCACAUACUGUGAUUCUAUGCAUGACCAGCAGAUGCUAAUGACUUAUUUGUUUUAUUGCUAUACUGUAUAUAGCCAUGAUAGCCUAAAUGGCAUUGGUAUUUUGAACAAGCUCACUUGCCUUCCCCUCUAUCUUUCGCCAUCCAUCUCUCAUCUUUCUCACACUCUCUCCAUAUCCUGUUAUCUGGGAUGGUGGCUGUGUAACCACCACUUCCUCUGCCGGUCCUGUACUCCCUGUGCUUCACACAACCAAAUUUUAAACAAAUCUGGCAACAGGCAGAGGGCUUACGUAACAGGGGAGAGGGGGGGUCGGGGCGAACGCUCUGCUCAGCUCACUUUAUCAUGAGGGAGCAGCGAGGCCAGGCCACUGCCUUGCCGUGAGGUAACUCUGUGGCCCUCAGGGACCUGCCUGCUAAAGGGGACCGGCUGGAGGUUCCCGAAAAUAGCUCUGGUCAGGGGAGAGAGAGGCUGAGAGGCCCUGUGUGUCCAGUGGACAGAGCCUUGCAGGCGUGGAUGUACUCCUGGGCCUGGCAGGAAAUAAUCAGAGUGAUUCAAUUACACUGCCAUAUUCAUCUCAUUGUCUCUCUGUUUAGACUCCUGCAGCUCAGCUUGGCCCCCUCGACUCUGUUUGCUUAGAAAUGUACUCUCACUGUGGACUCCCAGAAACUGUCUCACCCACUAAUCUAGUUGUUUCAACUAAUUUUUAUUAAGUAACUGGUCCACAGUGUUUUUUGUUUACUCAACUUUUUGUCCAAGUGUUACCUGAACUAAAAAAAAUGUUGGCCCAAACUUAGCGACAACUUGACAAAAAUUCUAUCAAAUGAUGUGUUUGCUCAACUUUCUCAAAUGUUCAUUUUACUAGAAAUUAUUAUUUUGGCACCUUACCUAAAAAAUGACUGUGGAACUAGUUACAAACACACACAGUGCUUUUAACAUACAAUGUUUUCAACUUACGUAUUUGACACACGUUGACGUACAUGAUUACAUUGUGCAUGUUCAUUUAUACACUAAUUAUUAUUCAACAUGCCCUCACCUGGAAUUUGAACUCACAACCUCUUGGUUCAAGGCAUUCUGAUCUUCCUGCUACGCCACCCAAAUAAUAAUUUCUAGUUGAAUUAACACGAGACAAUUUAAGCAAACAUUGUUUUAAUUUGACUGAAUUUUUGCCUACGUUUUCUCAUGUUGGAGCUAAGUUUGGGCCAACAAAAAAUGUUAAGUUCAGGUAACACUUUGACCGAAAAAAAAGCUGUGGAACCAGUUAGUUAAUAAUAUUAUUUAUUAUUAUUUUUUACAGUGUGUCAAAACCCUUGCAAUGUUGCACUCUCACAGUACAGCAGUCUUCCUGGACUGCUUUUAUUUGUCACUGGGUGGCUGUUCUUUAGAUCAUUGUUUUAUCCAUAUCUUAACUUUGUUUGAAAGUGUUCUCUCCACUUCAUCUCCUUCAUCAUGUACAGGUAUAGAAGUGUGUAGGAGUAAAUACGCAGGCUUGAUGAGGAGGAGACCUCCGGUACUGAACCUGAUCUCACUACACCCUCACACUAAUGGAAAUAGUCAAACACGGCAGCAUUCUCUGAUGUUUGAUAAUGCACUAGAGAUUUAUAACAGCUUGUUAUUAACUUUUAUGACAAAUCAUUUAUCUGUUUAUUGUAGUAUGUUAGACAGGAGAUACGGGUGCAUUUUGUGUUGUAUAUGAAUGGUUCAUCACAGCUCCAGUUGUAGGAAGUUGGCCUAUCUGGACAUUGUAUUUUGUGAAGGCCAUAACAGGACAGUGAUUUAAUUUGGUCAGUGUUGGGUCUUGUUUUUCUGAUCAGAGACUGGCACACGGUUCUCCUGGCUCAUUUGCUCAAUGUGAUUAUGGAAAAUAAAAGUCCUUACAAAGGGGUCAAGCAACUCCAGUUAUAUUAUAAGUAUUUUAAACUGAAAAUAAAUAGUUUUUCAAAGUUUUGUAUUAGCUCACAUUUGCUGUUCCUGGGUGUUUUUUUAAAACUCUAUAAAAACGAGUAGAGAAUAAGAACAUAAGUACUUUCAUCUUCCUGAGGCCUGGUCUAAAUAUCCUUCUUGUUCCUAGGAGACCGCUAAACAGUCUACUUCCUCCCUUGUGAGGGAUGGCUCUAUUAGCCUCACGUUCCCAGCAUCCUCUAGCCAUGUUAGCCAUGUUUGUCAUGACAUUUAUCAGCAUACACUGUUCCUGUACUGUGUCUGAACUCAGGACUCAGGAAGCCAUUCCUCAAUGAAAUGUGCACUCUGGAUUACUUAUGAGCAAAGAUAAGAGGGUGAUGGUUUUGAAUGUUCUACAGCUUUUAAUGUAUUCCCUUCUGCUUAGUGAAUACUGAACACAGAACACUCAAUCCCUCAUUGUCGUGAUGUCAGAAAAAUCCAUUGAUGCAGUCUCUCUUUUUAUUUUUGAUUUUUUAUGUCAAAAUAGGCUAGAUCUGAUACGGCUAACAGCCCCAUAAAACAUUAAAUAUAGAUGUUGUUUUCUGUCUGUCAGAGCUGUGACGAUUCAGAGGCACCCUGCAAUGAUGACAACAAACCAAGCCAAGUCCAAUGUCCUGACUUUGUCCCAGACCAAAAGCACAACAGUACCAGCAGUGAUGGUCCUGCACCUGCAUUUUUAGGUAAUAGAUCCACUGCCAUCUUCAAAUAAAAAUCAAAUGUAUUUGUCACAUACACAGUUUACAGCAGGUAUAAAAGGUGCAGCGAAAUGCUCAUGUGCACCUCACAUCUCUUCCACUUCCUUUUGGCAGGUAAACAGUGCUAACAUUCAUCUGCCUGUCAUUUUUGCUCUUAUCUCCUGUCUAUCUGCUUGUUUAAUGUGUUUUGUUUUCACACGUCUGCUACUUUGCCUACAACAUGUUGUUAGUGUGACUGGGACCUCCCUGUCUGACCGUGUUGGUUCCUCCCUCUCGUAGGUUCCAUCCCAGUGUCAGAGACACAAACGCCCCCAGUGUCCCCAUCCCAAGUCUUCCUCCAGUACGAGUGUGCACCUCCUCUUACCGUCCCACCGGAAACACCCCCUCAGUCUGCCUGUGACAGUCAUGCUGCUGCUCACACUGAGGAGAAUGUAGCAGGGUUAGUGUUUAUAUUCUCUCUUUUACAGGAAGAGGAUAUUGCAUGUGUUUAGAUUAACAUCCCCCCACACUGAAGAGCUAGGCUAAAGUGAGACUGUGCAGGGAUGUCGGUGUUUACAUGGUCACACACCAGCGCCCCAAUAAUAUACAGUGGCACUCAGUAUGUACCUAGGAGGAAGCGGGAACUGUCAGAGGAUUGCAUAAAGUGUGUUAGGAAAGGCCCACCUCUCAGGGUUUAACAUGAGGAGGUGGUGGUAUUUCACAGAGCAGGAAGCUGUGGAAGUUAUCUCAAAUAUUCAAGCUGAUAUACGGGUUAUAAUUGUUUGAUAUGAUUUUGGAGAGAUUUCCCUGUUGAUUAUGGAUUAAGAACAGUGUGUUGAUGUGUUUGAUCAGUCUCAGAACGGAGGAUCCUUGUUGCCGUGACUACUGUCAGUCAGAGACCCGCGACUGUGGGAGUGGCCAGGCCUUGCCACCUGGAGACUGUGGGAGGAGUCAGCCAUCAGACUCAGGAUACAGUGCUGGUAGUAAAGCCUCUGAACCAGAAGAUAGUGGGAGGAGCAACAAAUUAGAACCAACAGAUAUUGGGUGUGAUCUAGAGCACUGUGGGAGUUUCCAUUCUCGAGAUCUACCGACUGUUUUAAUUACAUGCUUAGAUAAGGUAAGUUUAGACUGAAAACGUUUUAAUGAUUACUUUAAUGAGGAUAGCCUCUUUUAUUAUUUAAUGCUCGGGUGAUUCCCAAAUCACUGUAGUUCAAAAAUAAAUGGGCAGAGACAGAAACAUAUAAGCAAGUUACUUUAUCCAUUUAAGGUGUACACAUCCUUCCAAAGCCAUGGUUUCCUACACAAACACCCCCUCCUAUACCCAGGAACAGAGUGAGUGGUGCUUGAGGGCUGCCUGUGGGGGGCACGGGUUGGCUGAUGGAUAGAGAGGCAGGGCAGGAUGAGGGGGGACGGGCUGGGCGGGGUUGGAAUGGAGGCAAGGAGCCCUGGAGUGAGCCCUGGCAAAGACCAUUAGGCUCAGAGAGGGAGACUCCAGUAAGAAUGUGACCUCUGUCAACCCCGACAGUGCUCUGACUGAUGGCAUGUCUGAUUUGGAUGUUUCUGGCUCUGCUGUAUGACAUUUUCCCAGUGUGUUAUUUCCAUAGGCAUAUCGAAAUGGAUAGGAUAAAUGUAACUGUGUUUGUUUCCCCUUUACAAUCAGAUUGUGAUUGUGUGGUUAGAUAUGCUCCUUUUCAUGUAAAUAUGGUAGUUCAAGCUAACCUUGCUCUAUGACGAUUUAAUUGCGACCCUGCUAACCUUUCAUCCUCCAUUGUGUUACCUCGCUGCCCUCCCAGUUUGAUUUGCCUGUCAUAGAUGUUUAGAUUCGUUGCAAGGCAAGGGUAUCUUGUUUUUCUUUGUUCAUUCUCAGAAUGAAAUAAGUCUAAUUUUAAUAGCUGGAAGAAUGCGUUCCUCUGGGAUUCCCGUUCUCCCAGAUUAACUUGGCUCAUCCGCCCCCGCCUCUGGGGAGAGAAAGGUCACAUUUGUUUAUGCACAGUUCUGGAGGCUGCGGGACUUGCUAGUCAGGUCUAACACUAGAGAGAAGCAGCUGACAUAUCUGUGUGGUGCUUUUGUCUGAAACAUUAUUAUAGUAAUAUGCCGCUAGAGAGUUGUGCUGGAUCUGGAAUAUUGCAAUGAUAAUUCAUUGCAUCAUAACCAAGUUAUUUGAGAGAAGGGCAAUUCCAUUGUAACAGAGUGAUACAAUUCCAUUGUAACGGGCUGAUGGAAACAUGAAAUGCCUGUACAAUUUUAUAAAUGCCGACAAACAAUUUGUUCGUUCAACAUGGUGGGAUCUUUUUGUGUCGGUAAAAUGUAUUAUUUGAGAAAUGGCGGUGGAAAUGCCUUUAUGUGGAAACAUUGAUAUAAUAACUAUCAUAUUGAAGUAAAUUUGGAGUCACGCGAUGAUAUGUUGUGUGGUCCUCCCACUAUGACUCGGGAAAGCAUGCAGUUUAUUAAGCUACAGAUGAAAUACAUUAUGAUGAACUUCACAGGGUGAUUAAUGUGCAAGGUGAUGCAAGGUGAUGAGCUUGCUCCUUUCCAAUAAAUAUUGAGGGUCUUAUUCUGGUGACAUGAUGAUCAAUGGUUGGCUGCCGUUUGACAAAUACAAAUAAUAUCGCUCUUAUCCAUAGUAAUCUCAUAAUGUACAGUGCAUUCAGAAUGUAUUCAGACCCCUUCCCUUUUUCCACAUUUUGUUACGUUACAGCAUUACUCUACAAUGUAUUAAAUUACUUUUUUUCGUCAUCAAUCUACACACAAUACCCCAUAAUGACAAAGCGAAAACAGGUUUUUAGACAUUCUUGCAAAUGUAUUACAAAUAAUAAACAGAUAUAUGUAUUUACAUAAGUAUUCACACCCUUUGCUAUGAGACUCGAAAUUGAUCUCAGGUGCAUCCUGUUUCCAAUGAUCAUCCUUGAGAUGUUUCUACAACUUGAUUGGAGUCCACGUGUGGUAAAUUAAAUUGAUUGGACAUGAUUUGGAAAGGCACACACCUGUCUAUAUAAGGUCCCACAGUUGACAGUGCAUGUCAGAGCAAAAACCAAGCCAUGAGGUCGAAGGAAUUGUCCGUAGAGCUCCGAGACAGGAUUGUGUCAAGGCACAGAUCUGGGGAAGGGUACCAAAACAUUUCUGUAGCAUUGAAGGUCCCCAAGAACACAGUGGCCUCCAUCAUUCUUAAGUGGAAGAAGUUUGGAACCACCAAAACUCUUCCUAGAGCUGACCGCCCGGCCAAACUCAGCAAUCGGGGGAGGUGGGCCUUGGUCAGGGACAUGACCAAGAACCCGAUGGUCACUCUGACAGAGCUCCAGAGUUCCUCUAUGGAGAUGGGAGAACCUUCCAGAUGGACAACCAUCUCUGCAGCACUCCAACAAUCAGGCCUUUAUGGUAGAUUGGCCAUACGGAAGCCGCUCCUCAGUAAAAGGCACAUGACAGCCUGCUUGGAGUUUGCCAAAAGGCACCUAAAGGAAUCUCAGACCAUGAGAAACAAGAUUCUCUGGUCUGAUGAAACCAAGAUUGAACUCUUUGGCCUGAAUGCCAAGCGUCAUGUCUGGAGGAAACCUGACACCAUCCCUAUGGUGAAGCAUGGUGGUGGCAGCAUCAUGCUGUGGGGUUGUUUUUCAGUGGCAGGGACUGGGAGACCAGUCAGGAUCGAGGGAAAGAUGAAUGGAGCAAAGUACAGAGAGGUCCUUGAUGAAAACCUGCUCCAGAGCACUAAGGACCUCAGACUGGGGUGAAGGUUCACCUUCCAACAGGACAACGACCCUAAGCACACAGCCAAGACAACACAGGAGUGCCUUCAGGACAAGUCUUUGAAUGUUCUUGAGUGGCCGAACCAGAGCCCGGACUUGAACCCGAUCUAACAUCUCUGGAGAGACCUGAAAAUAGCUGUGCAGCGACGCUCCCCAUCCAACCUGACAGAGCUUGAGAGGAUCUGCAGAGAAGAAUGAGAGAAACUGCCCAAAUAUUGGUGUGCCAAGCUUGUAGUGUCAUACCCAAGAAGAUUCCAGGCUUUGCUUCAACAAAGUACUGAGUAAAGGGUCUGAAUACAUACGUAAAUGUGAUAUUUCAGUUUUUUAUUUUUAAUACAUUUGCAAAAAUGUCUAAAAACCAGUUUUUGCUUUUUCAUUAUGGGGUAUUGUGUGUAGAUUGAUGAGGGGGAAAAACUAUUUAAUCCAUUUUAGAAUAAGGCUGUAACGUAACAAAAUGUGGAAAAAGUCAAGGGGUCUGAAAACUUUCCAAAUGCACUGUAGGUAGACUACCCGCACUGUAUCUGCGAGCUGUUGGUUAAACCGUAUGUGCCAAGACAAGAGUGGGCACAUUUGCUAUAUAACGCAACAGUGUUUGUGACAAAACCAUCAGUAGAGUUGAAAAUGCGAUGGAAACCCAUUUAACCUGUAUUUUUCAUUCAGUAGAUGGGAAUUUAAUGGAAAAAGUCAUUUAUUUGCACUACAUCAUCGCGCACAGACUUUUACCCGCAAAAGGUCAGUUUGAUGGAAAUACAUCUCUGGUGGAAAAUGGGUAUAUUGUUUUAUUCCGAUUUUUGAAUAUUCGCAUAAAAAUCUGUCGUAAAUUGGAUGGAAACCCAGCUACUGUGAUUGUUUACAAUCAAAAUAGUCAAAAAGAAACAAAAAUAGCUUCUUAUCAAGAGCAAUUUCUCAAGCAAUAAUUUUGCUAGGACUGUCUGGGAGUGGUCUGAGUUGGGAGGGGAAAAACUGAAAACUAGCUGUUAUUGGCAGAUAGGUUUGGAACUCUCUUUCUUAUUGGUCUAUUAUUAACUAAUUUACAGCCUAUUGACGUCACCAGGCAGGCCAAAACUCCAUCCCACCAAAACAGGGCUGAAAGUUCAGACAGUCUUUUCAAACAGCUCUUACACUAAAAGAGCAUUAUCAUAAUUUUCACAGUAUUAUUCCAACUUCAUAGUUUGGAAAUAUAUAUCAAUACACAGAAGUCUAUACACAGAAGCCUACUUUUAACAAUUGCCACUGAAAAUGUUACUAAAACACAUUUACUAGAGGAAUAGUGCAGAUGCAAAGUUUGGUAACUGAAUGAUCUCCCUCAGUUUUUGAUUUGACCACAUUUUCCAAAAACUCAAAACUGAUUCAAAGAUGUCUGCAGAAAGAAUGGGGUGUUAGCUAUGAUAUGGCACCUUGAGUUUGAAAAAAUCUACACUGAACAAAAAUAGAAACUCAACAUGCAACAAUUUCAAAGAUUUUACUGAAUUAGAGUUCAUAAAAGGAAAUCAGUCAAUUGAAAUAAAUUCAUUAGGCUCUAAUCCAAUGUUUCCCAACCCUGGUCCUCCAGUACCCCCAACAGUACACAUCUUUAUUGUAACCCUGAACUAGCACACCUGAUUCAACUUUUCAACUAAUCAUCAAGCCCUCAAUGAGUUGAAUAAGGUGUGUUUGUCAAGGGCUACAACGAAACUUUGUACUGGAGGACCAGGGUUGGGAAACACUGCUCUAAUCUAUGGAUUUCACAUGACUGGGAAUACAGAUAUGCAUCUGUUGGUCACAGAUACCUUAAAAAAAAAGGUUGGGGCUUGGAUCAGAAAACCAGUCAGGUAUCUAGUGUGACCACCAUUUGCCUCAUGCAGUGCGACACAUCUCCUUCGCAUAGAGUUAAUCAGGCUGUUGAUUGUGGCCUGUGGAAUGUUGUCCUCUCCUUUUCAAUGGCUGUGCGAAGUUGCUCGAUAUCGGCGGGAACUGGAACACGCUGUCAUACACGUUGAUCCAGAGCAUGCCAAAAAUGCUCAAUGGGUGACAUGUCUGGUGAGUAUGCAGGGACAUUUUCAGCUUCCAGGAAUUGUGUACAGAUCCUUGCGACAUGGGGCCGUGCAUUAUCAUGCUGAAACAUGAGGUGAUGGCGGCGGAUGAAUGGCACGACAAUGGGCCUCAGGAUCUCGUCAUGGUAUCUCUGUGCAUUAAAAUUGCCGUCGAUAAAAUGCAAUUGUGUUUGUUGUCCGUAGCGUAUGCUUGCCCGUACCAUAACCCUACCGCCACCAUGGGGAACUCUGUUCACAACGUUGACAUCAGCAAACCGCUCGCCCACGUAACGCCAUAUGGCUGUCUGCCAUCUGCCCGGUACAGCUGAACCUGGGAUUCAUCCGUGAAGAGCACACUUCUCCAGUGUGCCAGUGGCCAUCGAAGGUGAGCAUUUGCCCACUGAAGUUGGAUACGACACCGAACUGCAGUCAGGUCAAGACCCUGGUGAGGACAAUGAGCACACAGAUGAGCUUCCCUGAGACGGUUUCUGACAGUUUGUGCAGAAAUUCUUCAGUUGUGCAAACCCACAGUUUCAUCAGCUGUCCUGGUGGCUGGUCUCAGACAAUCCCACAGGUGAAGAAGCCAGAUGUGGAAGUCCUGGGCUGGCAUGGUUGCAUGUGGUCUGCGGUUGUGAGGCCGGCUGGACGUACUGCCAAAUUCUCUAAAACGACGUUAGUGUCGGCUUAUGGUAGAGAAAUUAACAUUCAAUUCUCUGGCAACAGCUCUGGUGGGCAUUCCUGCAGUCAGCAUGCCAAAUUCACGCUCCCUCAAAACUUGAGACAUCUGUGGCAUUGUGUUGUGUGACAAAACUGCACAUUUAUGAUCAUGCUGUUUAAUCAACUUCUUGAUAUGCCACACCUGUCAGGUGGAUGGAUUAUCUUGGCAAAGGAGAAAUGCUCACUAACAGGGAUGUAAACAAAUUUGUGCACAAAAUUUGAGAGAAAUACGAUUUUCUGGGAUCUUUUAUUUCAGCUCAUGAAACAUUGGACCAACACUUUACAUGUUACGUUUAUAUUUUUGUUCUGUAUAUUUUGGUUAGUAAGUGAAGUGGAAAUCACAUCAUGGGUCCUUGAUCUGGACUAUACAGAAAUGCAAUUAUGAAUGUAAUUCUAUUAAUGGUGAUACAUCCUGAAUAAGUAGAAAAAUGUAAUAUCCUCCUUUGCAUGUUUGGGUAUUAUUCUACACACUGGCUAUUAUUCUACACACUGGCUAUUAUUGGUACAGACCCGACCAAAUCUGUACCAAUCAUAGACGUCUAUGUUUCACAAGUUUGGACAUCGUACAGCACAGUAGAUUACAGUACAGUAAAGAAAAGUAGAGUAAAGUAUAGUUUAGUAAAGUAGAGCACAGUACAGUACAGUAAAGCAUAGUACAGUACAGUAAAUAAAAGUACAGUACAAUAGAGUCCAGUCCAUUUUAAUGUACUCUACUGUACUGUACUGUGCUGUACUGUACUGUACUGCAACUGCAACUGCGACUGUGGCAACUACUACUAUGAUUUUCCAUUGUGGCCAAUUCAAUUGCAGUCAUUAUGUUACAGAUUUUCCAGUCACUCUGUUACAAAUUUGGUAACAGUGAUGCGUUUUAAUCACUUAAUAAUUCAUAAAUACUAUAACUAAUUGUUAGGUCUACCUUUACUUGUUACUUCUGUGAACUUUCAUAUCCCCCUCCUCAUGAGGGAGAGAAAUUAGAAAAUAUCUUAAAGAUAUGUGGGUUUUUGAUAACAGAAUGACAAGCCACUUGCCAAUAUUUCUAAACUUACAGUCAAAUCGUUUCUGUAAAAGUAAAUAUAAGUGUUGAUAUUAGUUGGCAGGGGUCUUUACUUCAACAUUAUUGUGUUUUAAUGUAUUUCUGAUACCUUUUAAGACUUUUUCUGGUAGAUGUUUUCUAAGACCCCUUUUCCAUCUGUUUAUCCAGAAAUUAAAGCCUUUACUUAUGCCACAUUGUAUGGAUGGAAAAUGAUUGAAAAACCAAUCUAUGCCUUCAUGUCCCAAAAAUAUAGACUCUUAGCUUUCAUUUGACACCAAAUUUCAUAUGCUAACAUCAAAGCGGUGAACCGAUCCUGCAGGUUCAUGCUCUACAACAUUCGCAGAGUACGACCCUACCUUACACAGAGAGCGGCACAGGUCCUAAUCCAGGCACUUGUCAUCUCCCGUCUGGAUUACUGCAACUCGCUGUUGGCUGGGCUCCCUGCCUGUGCCAUUAAACCCCUACAACUUAUCCAGAACGCUGCAGCCCGUCUGGUGUUCAACCUUCCCAAGUUCUCUCAUGUCACCCCGCUCCUCCGCACACUCCACUGGCUUCCAGUUGAAGCUCGCAUCUACUACAAAACCAUGGUGCUUGCCUACGGAGCUGUGAGGGGAACGGCACCUCCUUACCUUCAGGCUCUGAUCAGACCCUACACCCAAACGAGGGCACAACGUUCAUCCACCUCUGGCCUGCUAGCCCCCCUACCUCUAAAGAAGCACAGUUCCCGCUCAGCCUAGUCAAAACUAUUCGCUGCUCUGGCACCCCAAUUGGUGGAACAAGCUCCCCCACGACGCCAGGACAGCGGAGUCACUGACCACCUUCCGGAGACACUUGAAACCCUACCUCUUUAAGGAAUACCUGGAAUAGUAUAAAAGUAAUCCUUCUCCCCCACACCCCCCAUUAAAAAUAAAUAAAUAGGGUGGUUGUCCCACUGGCUAUCAUAAGUUGAAUGCACCAAUUUGUAAGUCGCUCUGGAUAAGAGCGUCUGCUAAAUUGAACGCAACAGCAGUUAUCAGUGUUCACGUCUGAUCUGCCAGCCACUAAAUGUCAAAUCAGGCUAAAGUCGUGCUUCAAAUGGCCCCGCCCGUUUUUUGGGCGAUUUCAGUCAGGUUGAAAAUCGCCCAGAAGUCUCUCAUAGCCUGUCAUGUAAAAUCUAUUUUUUUCACAUUUCAAAGCUUUCAAUACAUUCUCUAUGGGUGUCUGUGGGCUUGCACUUACGCGCUUUCGUCAUACGUGACGUAACGUUGAACGUAACUAAGACAAUGGCGGCUAGCAGCGUCUCUGUUGUGACCUGCAGUGUGGCGUUAUUUUAUGUUUUUAAUUUGUAGACUUAGUUUACAAACAUUCUGCAAACAUUCUGCUUUGGACUGAUCUUCGGUUUUGGACUGAUCUUGUUGAUCGUGUACAUACCCGCUACGAACGGACUAAAUAAUGAAAACGCUGCUGGCAGCGGAAUCCCAAUACAGCUGGGAGACUUGGCUGGAUGACAGAGUCCCGGACAGAGAGGUGGAGCCGGCCGGCUUCACCCUGGUCAGAGCGGACCGCGAUCCUGGUAAGAGAGCGACUCUGUACCCCGACAUUGAACUGCUUUCUGUGUCAUUGAACCUUACUAUUGUUGAUAAAACAAGUUUACUGGAGAACGGAGACCAAGUAGAGACUUUUGGACAAGGUGGAUAAUUGUAUAAUAUAACGCAGUUUAUUCAGAGGUAAAGAUAUCUGGAAUCGCGUGCACGGACCCGUUCGUCAAACUCGUAGGGAGUUUAUCAGAAGAGCCCCUAAACAUUGUGUGCUGACAUUUUAUACAAUAAAAUGAAGUAGGUUGAAUCUAGUAGUUCUGAUCUUCUGAUUGGUCCUGAUGAGUUGGGCGAGGUCACCUCCAGGCUAGUGUCACUGUUGCAUUGGCUCUGAGUCGGGUUCUCUGUCUUCAGAUGUUCAGCCUAAGAGAAGAGGAUUUGUGUGUGUGUGUGUGUGUGUGUUUGUUAUCAGUGUGUGUGUGUGUGUGUGUGUGUGUGUGUUUGUUAUCAGUGAUGAUGUGUGUGUGUGUGUGUGUGUGUUUAUCAGUGAUGAUGAUGUGUGUGUGUGUGUGUGUGUGUGUGUGUGUGUGUGGGUGUGUGUGUGUGUGUCCUCAGGGCAAGAACUCGUGAGUUGGAAGAACUGAGAGACCUAUGGCGUGGGUGUUAUCCUUAGCCACCUGCUGACAAGGCUGACAAGAUAGGACUCUUGUUCAUUGUAUUGAAUACAAAGGCCCAACACAAAAUGGGUCAUGCACAAGAUUUUAGUCAGACCAAGCUAUAACAUUAUAUAUUUACUACGACAGUACAUUCAACCAAAAGCUAAUAUAACAAAGGCAUCAGAGAUUAUUUAUAAUCUGUCACAGAAACUGGAAUCCAUCUCCCCAGAUCAGUCAAUAAAUGCUUCUGGUAUUGACUUAUAUGCUGCCCCUGUCUUCAUGUUGUUGCUGGACAUAUCUUUUUUAAAAUGUGUGUAGGUCACCUAAAUCAUUGUAAAUGUAAUGUAAUAAACUUCAAAUGUUGGUGCUCAUUGGUCCUUUUACAUGGAGAUGACCAGAAUACUGCAACUGCAAUACUAUUUACAUACUUUGAAUGUAUGUCUACAAGGCCCUUUCCUUAUGAUACCAUUGGUUUUGUCUUGCAACAUCAAAGUUCAAACAGACAGAGCCACCACCAGUUGGCACACCCAUUCAUAAGCAAAUGUAUCAAUACACUCAUCCUAUUUGAGGAAGUGUCAUACUUCUUUGUGGUUUCCUUGAUAGUUAGAAGUAUAUUCUCACUUGUGCAUCUGUGACUUCCUGCCUGCAUACAUAUAAUUCUGUUUACAGGAAGGAGGGGGCCACGAGUUGUACUGCUUUCCCUGGGUUCAGACUGAACAGCAGUUAGAAGAAUCCCCUACCCAACCCAUUCCAGCUGAGAGCCCCUUUUUUUUCCCCCUGACACGACCCCGUCCCCCACAGCCCCCCGUCAUGCCCGUCCUCCCUGAAGAAGAAGAGGAUUCCCCUGAGGAGCUCGACAGUUCCUCCAGCUCACCCAGCACAGUGAGUACCUAUCCAUUACACUAAACCUUCACUCUAAAGCUGUGGUAUGUUUCACUCAGAGCUAUACAUGGCACUAGCUCAUCAAUACUGAACCUAGAACCUAAGGUUCAGUAUUGACAAGCUAUACUGAUUUGCAAUGAAUAUGUUAGCAACAAUAGCAUAUGAACAAUAUGAGCAUUAGGCUUAGAUCAUAUCUAUGCUCAUAGUGUUGCUCACAUAUUCAUUGCUAAUACAUGUUAAUGUGUUAUGGAUGUGUGUAUCUUUAGUAACAAUGAAUAGAAAUCCCUUCACCGUCCCUCACCAGACUUUACUUACUUCAUGAUGUGAAUUUGGGAUUCCUGUGCUUUAUGGUCUGCUUUCCAAAAAUGGUGGCUUCCCCACUUCUAUUUUUGAAUCAGGAACAAAGCUUCACUCAGCAGUGAAAAUAUGUAAUUAAUCCCAGCAAAAUCAUGAGCAGGAUGUUCUUUCCUCUUCUGUCCAGCUCACUAACUUUUUUUCUUCAGUCCCUCUUAUUACCCAGUUUUUUUGUGUUGAUGCGGUAAUUUGCACUGCACUGGUGGUCAAGAGAGGUUAGCACAGUGUGUCCAGAACACUCCAGAUCUUGGCUCUACUCUAAAGACUGAACUGUCUCUCGUUGUUUUGUUCUGUCAUCUGUUCAGAUCCUGUGGCUCCCCACCCUAAUAUUUAUUGAGUUGAGUAGACAAUACAGAUCUGUGGAUAGCUUGGAUGUUUUAUGAGUCUCUGAAUGUGGCCUUGCCCGCAGUCCUGUAUGUCUCCCAGAAAACAUGCUAUUGAAACUCUCUUAGUCUUUGAGACAAAAAGUAGAGGCUUUCUGAAAGCUGUCUGUUUACAGUCAGGAGCUAUAUACGGCUGUUUGAUUUACACUGUAGAGACACAACAGAUUUGUGUUGAGCGGAUGGCUGCCUCACCAAAACCUCUGAGUUACUCCUCCUAGGAGUAUACUGUCAUCCGUCCCAGUCAGUCAUUAACACAGCCUAGAUAAGACUUCUCUGAGGAAUGCAAUGAGCCUCUGUAAUCUAACCUGGGGGUAUGGCAACCGUAUAAAAUUAUCCUCCUUUAUUAAACAAUAGCCCUGGCCUUUCAGCAGUUUUAGACUGUUAUAGGGAUAUAAUUUAUUAGCAUUCUCUUCCAGGACAAAGGUCUCAGUGAAGCUCUCAGUGAAGUAUCAUUUAAUGUCUCACUGUUUAUUUGCAUACUUUUAUCUGAGGAUAGAACUAGGAUACUAGGAUAUAAAUCUAAAAUGAAAGAGGUAUAUAAGCCUGACCUUUAAUGUUGGAAAUAUACUUAAUAUGGUUGACUUAGUUACAGAUCACAUGGUUCAAGUGAGUGUUCAUUCUGUCCUUCCACUCUCCUGGGAUGCUGAGGUCCGGUGAGUUCAGGAUGUGUUUAAUCCAGAGGGACGUUGUCUAGAGUUUCUGAUGUUCAGGGGUUCAGGUUGUUGACAUUGUGCUGCUGAGCUAGAAAUGCUGCUGCUGGAAACCAGGGACCACCUGCUAGUCAACAGAGCUAAGUGUCUCACUGAAAUACCCACCGAUAACAGAGGACCACAAGUUUAUUUUAUUUUCCCCUUAAAAGUGCUUUGAAAUGGUUAUGCCUUGAAGUUGAAGUGUCCUUUUCCCCCUGCGGAUUCCACCACGUUCCCCAUACAGUCCCAGUCAUGGUCAACAUCAGGGAGGGCCUAGAGAGACUUUAAGGUGUCUGUUUGGCUCUGUCUUCACAUUAAUAUCAACAUUAAUAGCUUAAGAAAACAGCAAAUCUUCAGUUUGGGGAACCAAGUCACCAAACAUCUCUGUGAAAGUGUAUACACAAGAUGUUAUAGAUGUGUACAUAAGCAGGAAGGUUAAAGGGUAGAGAAUGAGAAAGUUUUGCUGCCUUUGCAGUGACACAAGCCAUUUGGUGACAUGUUUACUCAAAUAUCUCUGUAAUCUUUGUUUUGCAUGCUUUUAUGUUUCGAAUGACUUAAAUGAAAUUGUCCCCCAAUUUACGUAAUUGCAAUAACAAUAUCCAUAUCUAUGAAUUUGCCUUCUAUUUGAGAGACAAUAUCUGAUUUUUCAGGUGUCAGGAUCCCAUUUCUGUUAUCCAGGUCCCUCAAAAGUCCACUCAAAACCUUUUUCAUGCGGACUAGUUCUGGUCUUGCUGCACAACAAAAGUUACACCUCUCCUAACUUAUUUGAAACCUUUUGUUUCUCACAUAUCUUUCUCUCUAGUAUACACCAGUUGAAAGUAGAGCAGUUACCAUGGCCAUGCCUGCUCCCACCAUUGUCUUCCCAAAGCAAGCGUCCGUAACCGUGUUCCAAGCAGACGGUCGCCCUCUGGAACAGACCAGGUACAUGUGUUAUUUCAUCCUCAGAACAGGACUGUUCAUGUCAAAAAAGCUUGAGAGCAAUCCACCUCUUGAAAAAUGAGCCACUUUAUCCAAACCAGCAUCAAGAUAUUUCUAGAAAAUAAAAUCGAUCCUCCUUCAAGUGUUUAGAGUAGCUAAAUGUAAAUAAAGACUGCGUUGUAAGAAAAUGGCGUCUGUUAAUUUUAAACGUUUCUCUUUCCCAGACCACACAGUCCCAGACCUUGCUUGUCCCGAAACUCCCUGGGAGGACCCAUCACUACAGUCGGUGGGUACAGUCAAGUACUUAAAGGCUAAAUAUAGCCUCAUGUUAACAACACUUACAUAAGUCCAUUGUUCAAAAUGUGUGUUCCAUUGUGAUUUUUUUCAGCAUAAUAUUGUAUGGCUAAUUUAAUUCCAUCUAUUGAAAUGUCUAAGUUUGGUCAUCAGUGUCUGACAGCAUAGAGAACAGGGGCCCUUUGUCCUUAGAAAAAGCAGAGCCAAAGCUCUCAGUGCCUGGAUGCCUCUGCUUUGAUUACUAUUGAUGUUGGCUUGUUGCUCUGUGCUGAGCUCAGAGAGAAGACUAUUGGUUGUUGCCAUUUGUCUCUUAUUGUCUCUGUUUGUGUUUUAAUUACGACUUGUGCGUGUGUACAUGUGUAUCCUUCUCAGACAGCACAGGCAAUGUGAUAGACCUGGUGAAAGACCGUCUGCCUGAGCUGCAGCUCUCUGAGGAGGACCGUCAGAAGAACCUGGAGCUACUGCAGGAGGCCAAGAAAGUCAGUGACCGCUUCCUGAGCCGCAGGGGCCGAAAGUCCACCUGCAGCCUCUCUGAAUCCCCCACAGGUGAGAGACAGUCACUGGUUUACAGACUGGUAUACAAGUGAAACAGGGAAAUAUACAAGUACUUUACGGUAAGUCUUACUUAAGACAGAGACAGACAGAUGAUACAAAAUAUGACACAUUAAUAAGCUCUUCAGCUUAAAACCACUAUUUACACAGUAGAGAUUUAAUCAGCUGGUGAAAUGUAAAUUUGGUUUAACAAUAUUUUUAUUAUUUUAACACUGGUUAUGAAAUACAAUGAGCAGCCAACAAACCCACAAGUCUGCUAGCUGAAUUGCGUGAGUGAGUCAUUGUAAUUGCUGUAUUUUUCUAUCUUGGCUUCCGGAGUUAUCUGAACAUCACGUACGUGCCCUCAUGCCUUCGUCUUGCAGCAUUCUGAAUGCAUGCCAGAUAAUUCCAGUCUUCCCUCACGUAACAGACUACAGUAGCAGAUAUCAAAUGAAGUCCCAAUAACUAUAGUUUUUAUAUUGCGUUGUUAUCUGGAAAGCGAUGCUGAAGCAGUAUACUGUACUUUCAUUGUCCAAGCAUAAAACAAAUGUGUGUGUUUUGUCCACAGGUCUCUCUCCCAACCACACACCAUCUUCCUCACCUGUACCGUCCAGAAGCACCUCUCUUAUCACAGCCCCUCAAAUAGGUACGUUCAUCUUUCUGUCUGUGAGAUAAUAUUGACUCUCUUCACUGGAGAGCAUGAAAAGCCCUGCAUAAAAAAUAUAUACAAAUAUUAUAAAACCUUUUUCUUUCAGCUGUAGCCACAGAGGUGAACUAUGCCCCCUCGUCGCCUGUCAGCCUGGUAAGACCACUAUGCAUUAUAUUUUUCUGAUGCACUCCAUAAUAGUGUUUUAACAGUAUGUUGAUGUGUGUUGUUUUGUGUUCCUCUCUGGCAGCGAUUGGAGGUUCUGUCUGAGAGGGAGCAGGCUGAUACUAGUACACUGGAGCAUGAGGUCAGCAUAGCACUCUCACCACCACUCUCAUUCUCAAGUGGCACCCUGGAACAGUUAGUCAGACAUGGAAAUGCAUUACAUAGUUAGUAAAACCCUCAUGAGUUUACACUCCAGAAUAGCUAUGCUCAUAGCUAUGUUGGAUACAAUAAUUCAUUUACGGUAGAACAUUGUAAAUGUUGACAUUCUUGCGCCCCCUCUCCAAUAAAAUCUGAUUAGUUUCUCCUGAAUUGACAGUGUUUAAAGAAUAGUGAUAUUAUGUUACUGCUGUUCUUAGAGCACCAGGAGGCUGGUGGACUGGAAGCCCAAUGAGAAGCGUAAGGUGUCCUCAGGCACCCUGGCUCCCCGCUACUCUGGUCCCCCACCCCCCAGGGAGCCCAGUGGGGGCCAGAAGGAGAACUGUGACCCCCGGGUAACAGCUAAGAAUUGCUUAGCACCAGUACUAGUCAAUAAGCCAGAGGAGGGUCUGGUCCGAGCCCCUAACCAGGCCCCUGCUACUGGGGUGGCCAAGCCUGUCCCUCGGCCCCCCACUCAGCAGGCCCCCUGCACGGCAGAGAUCAAGACCAUCGGGGCCUUUCCUCCCCUCAUGAGAGCUGUCUCCUGGGACACUGUUGGAACCCUCAACUCCAGGAAUGGGGCUCCAAGUCUCCCCCCUACAAACGAGGAAACCAUCUCCUUUCAAGACAAGACCCAGGAUGCCUUGCUCAAGUCCUCUGGGUACAAGGACUUCCCUGUACAGCCUGUCAACGUGCAGAAACUGUCUAAAAUAAGAGAGGUACGAUGGGAGCCUUUUAACUACUGGGGCUCAACCCUUGAGUUUCACCUGAUAGCAUUAAUGUGACAUUUACUGCAUGUUUUGGGGAUUUAAGAGCCUUUUGUUUUGUUCUUGUAAUGUUUUGUUCUUGUAAACGUGUUUUUAUGACCUAUUACGACAUGAAAGCUUCUGCAAGUUCUUAAACAUCCUAAUUUGCACUGUUCUUCUGUAUACAGGAGCACAAGCUGAUGCGGAACCAAAGCAUUGUGGGGUCAAAGUUGGCAGACUUGAGUGAAACAGCUGAACAGGAAAGAGGUACUGUGUUAUCCCUGUGUCUGACCUGGAGAGGAGACAGUGCUGUGUGUAGUGCUGUGUAACAGUAGAGAGGAUAGUAGACUUUUAUCUAGUAAGGGGGAAAGGAGUCAAGGAUCCCAGCUACGUCACAGGAUGCUAGUCCUUACUGACCCCAAAAGAUUUUCCUUAGAACUGAGGGUAUGUUCUGUUCUAAAUUUGGCACAGAGCUUUACUUUAUUGGCAACCUGAACUGUUAUUUGAAGUUUGCACCAGCAGAUGGUGUUAGUGUUAACUAAAACAUGAGAGCACCCAGUCAGCUAAAAUUGGUUUGCAAAAACUUUGAAAGGACAUCAUUGAAAUAGUUUGUGAUCCAAGAAAAUUGCAGUACAAUGUUGUUCAGAAGUACGUCGAUUAUCAAAUGAUAAUGUGGUCCUCUGUAGCUCAGCUGGUAGAGCACGGCGCUUGUAACGCCAGGGUAGUGGGUUCGAUCCCCGGGACCACCCAUAUACAAAAAUUUAUUUACGCAUGACUGUAAGUCGCUUUGGAUAAAAGCGUCUGCUAAAUGGCAUAUUAUUAUUAUUAUUAUUAUUAUAAUCUGAUCAUUUAUUAGUUUGAUCAUAAAUUAGGUUUUCCCUGAUAGAGACCAGAUAGCCAUGUUGUAACUAACUAAUGGUCUUCUGUGUGUGUGCGUGUGUGGCCAGGUCCCUCUCUUUUGCCCCCUGCAGGGUCUCCUACUGAUGAGGAGGCUAAAGAGAAGUCAGACGCCAUGCCCAACAUCUCAGACAUCAUGCUGAGGAAACUCAAACUGCACAGAGGGCUACCAGGCUGGUGGGUAUCACAAUAUUUAGACUGACAGGGAAUGACCUUUGACAAAGACACUUUUCCAGAAUAUAUCUCUUAUAUAUCUGUGAGCAUAUAUUUUUGUAUUUUCUACUUACAUACUGAACCUAUAUUUCCUCUCUGAUUCUAUUGCAGUGCACCUCCACUCACAGAAAAAGAAGUUGAGGUUAGUAUUUACUCUGGAUAGUGUAUUAUGCAGAGUAACACAGUUUUAUAGUGCAUGUUCUCCCCAUGUCUGUCUGUGUCUAGCCUCAUGAAUGUAAUGUACAGGAAGCCCCUAGUCUCUACCCAUGAUUGAGACUAAUGGGAGCCUUAAUGAUUUCCUGUCUCUAAGGAGAAAAUGCAAACAUGGCUGUGUUUGAGUGCAGAGAACUGGGCCUAGGCUAUAGCCCCGCCUGCCCAGCCGCCUGUCGCUCCCAGGGGGAUACAUGUUGUGCACUAGGACAGUCGAGGUCACCGAUUUCCUCUCAACACUUGCCUCAGUAUCUGAGACGAUGUUUGGAAUGCUGCAGCAGAGACCCUUUGAUCAUGACAUCAUGGCACCAGGAGUUCAUCUGUCAGCAUCGCUGCACGUUAUAGGCUCAUCUCAGGCCUGGUAGCAAGCAGCACUGUCAACACACUGGCUAGUUGGUACUCUAUAUGGUAGCUGGGUAGCCCACUGGGGUAGUUGUGCUUUAUAUUGCCACAUACAUUGCUAUCAUAACAGUUGUUAUGUUAACAUGUUAUCAAGGAUGUUCAGUGUUACAUGUGUUUAUUCAGUCCCAUACUGUAUUAAUGUUUUCUUGGGCAGCACAUUCAUUGACCUGACCCCUCUAGUUUUCAGACACCUUGACUUUUUCCACAUUUAGCUAUGUUACAGCCUUAUUCUAAAAUGAAUUAAAUUGUUUAUUUUUCUCAUCAAUCUACACACAAUACCCCAUAAUGACAAAGCAAAAACAGUUUUUUUGAAAUUUUUGCAAAGUUAUUAAAAAAAAACGGAAAUAUCACUUUUACAUAAGUAUUCAGACCCUUUACUCAGUACUUUGUUAAAACACAUUUGGCAGUGAUUACAGCCUCAAGUCUUCUUGGGUAUGACGCUACAAGCUUGUCACACAUGUAUUUGGGCAGUUUCUCCCAUUCUUCUCUGCAGAUCCUCUCAAGCUCUGUCAGGUUGGAUGGGGAGCGUCGCUACACAGCUAUUUUCAUGUCUCUCCAGAGAUGUUCGAUUGGGUUCAAGUCCGGGCUCUGGCUCGGCCACUCAAGGACAUUCAGAGACUUGUCCCAAAGUCACUCCUGCGUUGUCUUGGCUGUGUGCAUAGGGUCGUUGUCCUUUUGUAAGGUGAACCUUUGCCCCAAUCAGAGGUUCUGAGCACUCUGGAGCAGGUUUUCACAAGGAUCUCUCUGUACUUUGCUCUGUUCAUCUUUCCCUCGAUCCUGACUAGUCUCCCAGCCUUUUGGCCAGCUCUAGGAAGAGUCUUGGUGGUUCCAAACUUCUUCCAUUUAAGAAUGAUGGAGGCCACUGUGUUCUUGGGGACCUUCAAUGCUGCAGACAAUUUUUAGUACCCGUCCCCAGAUCUGUGUCUCGACACAAUCCUGUCUCGGAGCUCUACGGACAAUUCCUUCGACCUCAUGGCUUGGUUUUUACUCUGACAUGCACUGUCAACUGUGGGACCUUAUAUAGACAGGUGUGUGCCUUUCCAAAUCAUGUCCAAUCAAUUGAAUUUACCACAGGUAGACUCCAAUCAACUUGUAGAAACAUCUCAAGGAUGAUCAAUGGAAACAGGAUGCACCUGAGCUCAAUUCCGAGUCUCAUAGCAAAGGGUCUGAAUAUUUAUAUGUAAAUAAGGUAUUUAAGUUUUUUUAUUUUUUAUACAUUUAAUAAACUUGUUUUUGCUUUGUCGUUAUGGGGUAUUGUGUGUAGAUUGAUUAGCUUUUUUAUUUGUUUAAUCCAUUUUAGAAUAAGGCUGUAACGUAACAAAAUGUGGAAAAAGGGAAGGGGUCUGAAUACUUUACGAAUGCACUACACUUUGUGUGGCGGUCCAGUGAGUUGGUGUGUCUCAGUCCUUAAUAAUGGUAUCUAAUGUGUCCCUGGUGACUGUUUAAUGAACAUUAAACACAGUCAUAUCCUUCCCACAGAACGCGUUUGUUCAACUGUCGCUUGCAUUCCGGAACGACAACUACACUCUGGAGACGCGGCUCAAACAGGCGGAGCGGGAGCGGACCCUGACCGAGGAAAACACAGAGAAGGAACUGGAAGAAUUCAAAGGCUCUCUGAAGGUCAGCCUUUAGUAGGCCAUGAUAACACAGGAGAUUAAAUGAGUUGUGAUCCACUUUCACUUAUCAAGGCCCUGUGUUUUGUUGUUGUUGUCUCCUCAGUGCACGGCACCACAAUGGAGCAACAUGGAUCAGCGGGAAUCCUACCAGAGCCUCAUAGAGACAGUAGCAGUACUGCACCGUCUGGCCACCAGGCUCUCCAGCAGGGCUGAGAUGGUUGGAGCAGUGAGACAGGUACUGGAACGCAGGCAUAGGAUAGGAUAGGAUGGGCCAUUCACGAGGUACCCUAAUGAUUUGCCUAUAGAGAGAGGAAACCCCUGAAUGAGAGAAGAAAACAAUGAGUGAAAGUGAAAACUUUUCCAUGCUCCACUGUCAUGAGAAAAACACUGCCUUCUUUGGGAUGUUCAGGGGGCAUUGGAAUGUUUGUGAAGGAUUUAGCCCGAUGUUAUGCUUUCCCUCAGGUUAUCGUUCACGCCAAAGCCAACUCCAAUAAAUGAUUAGGGAAGGACUCAGGACUAUGUCCGUUGUUAGACGUCACACAAGUCCCUUGUGAUUUAUAGCCUAACAACACAUUGCUGCUGUACGAGACCUGACCCCAGACCUGACAUGAUGAUGGCUUUCCAAAGUGUUGGAGUCCCUCUCAAAAUUCUAUUCUCUCUCUCUCUCUCUGCUGUGACUGUAUGGUUAACUAUCCUGCCCAUAGACAGUAAUGACCCUGUUGUCGCUGUGUUAUCUAGAACCUAAAAGGAUUCUUCGUCUGUCCCCAUAGGAGAACCCUUUAAAGAACAAUUUUUGGUUCCAGGUAGAACCCUUUUGGGUUCCAAGUAAAACCCUUUCCACAGAGGGUUCUACGUGGAACCCAAAAGGGUUCUCCUAUGGGGACAGCCAAAGAACCCUUUUGAAACCCUGUGUGUGACAGGAGAAACGCAUGAACAAGGCCACAGAGGUGAUGAUGCAGUACGUGGAGAAUCUGAAGAGGACCUAUGAGAAGGACCAUGCUGAGCUGAUGGAGUUCAAGAAGCUGGCCAACCAGAACUCCAGUCGCUGCUAUGGAGGAUCCAUAGACACUGGAGGUACACCUGCACAAACCCUUUAUCUCCAGUGCAUGAUAGGCGAGUUGUUGCAAAAUGUUGAUUGACUUAAACUGCAUUCUCCUGUGUGCUUUGGUUAGAUGAUGGAGUUCCACGGCCAUCCAGAUCCAUGUCGCUGACCCUGGGAAAGGUUGGUGCUGGAAUGUUGAACAGAGUGUUUCCAGUGGGUUUAUUGUUGAGAGAAUGCACUGGAUUUGACUGGUUAUAGCAGGGUGACAGUUCUCAAUGUGAUAGACCAUACAGUAAGGAUAAUGCCCCCAACUGAAACUCUCCCUCUCUUUUCUUCUACCCUCUUUCUCUCACCCUCUCUCUCUCCCUUCCAAUUGUUCCUUAUUAGGCUUUGCCUAGACGGAGGGUCAGUGUUGCGGUGGUCCCCAAAUUUAACCUCCUGAACAUCCCUGGUCAGACCCCGGUCAUGGCAGGUCCUGGCCCCAGCGUUGCCAUGGGACCCAGCCACCAACCCACCAUGGGCCAAGCACUUCCUGUCCUGGUAUGUUUUCUACCCAAUCAUAGCCUUCUCAGCCUGUCAACCUGACCACAUGAUUAAGUGGUAAUAUCCCGUCUAUUUAAAUGUAUCAGUCUGCUCUGUCUACAUGCAUGUUGUUUGUUCUUGUUAAUUACAGUGUGAAGCCAACAGUAUGAAAAGCAUCUUUCCCACUCAGCCUACACAGCCAGCUAUAGCUGAGAGGUAUGUUCCUCCAUCCUCUAUCAUAAUGUGCACCCAAUGCAUACCCACGGAUAUACUGUACAUACUGUACUCAGCACAAUCUAUCUGCUUGCAUGUACAGUGGCUUGCAAAAGUAUUCACCCCACUUAGAAUUUUUCCUAUUUUGUUGCAUUACAACCUGGAAUUAAAAUUGAUUUUUUGGGGGGUUUGUAUCAUUUGAUUUACACAACAUGCCUACCACUUUGAAGAUACAAAAUAUUUUUUAUUGUGAAACAAACAAGAAAUAAGACAAAAAAACUGAACUUGAGCAUGCAUUACUAUUCACAUACUAUUUGUUGAGUCAGGGUGUGUAUUUUCUCUGUUGUGUUUGGCUAUGUUGAUUGUCUAUGUUAGAUUCUAGUAUGUCUAGAUCUAUGUUGGCCUGUGUGGUUCCCAAUCAGAGGCAGCUGUCGCUCGUUGUCUCUGAUUGGGGACCAUACUUUAGGCAGCCUUUUGGCACCUGUUAGUUGUGGGAUCUUGUUCCGUGUAAGGUAUGUUGUGUGUAUGCUACCUUGGACUUCACGUUUCGUUUGUUGUUUUGUCGUGGUGUUUAUUCGUUAAAUAAACAUGUAUGCUUAUCACGCUGCGCCUUGGUCCUUCUCGUUCGUAAACGAUCAUGACAAAUCUUUAAGUCAUACCACAGAUUCUCAAUUGGAUUGAGGUCUGGGCUUUGACUAGGCCAUUCCAAGACAUUUAAAUGUUUCCCCUUAAACCACUCGAGUGUUGCUUUAGCAGUAUGCUUAGGGUCAUUGUCCUGCUGGAAGGUGAACCUCCGUCCCAGUCUCAAAUCUCUGGAAGACUGAAACAGGUUUCCCUCAAGAAUUUAGCGCCAUCCAUCAUUCCUUCAAUUCUGACCAGUUUCCCAGUCCCUAACGAUGUAAAACAUCCCCACAGCAUGAUGCUGCCACCACCAUGCUUCACUAUGAGGAUGGUGUUCUCGGGGUGAUGAGAGGUGUUGGGUUUGCGCCAGACAUAGCGUUUUCCUUGAUGGCCAAAAAGCUCAAUUUUAGUCUCAUCUGACCAGAGUACCUUCUUCCAUAUGUUUGGGGAGUCUCUCAUAUGCCUUUUGGCGAACACCAAACAUGUUUACUUGUUUUUUUCUUUAAGCAAUGGCUUUUUUCUGGCCACUCUUCCAUAAAGACCAGCAAACCUGGUGGACAGAUACUCCAAUCUCCGCUGUGGAGAUUUGCAGCUCCUUCAGGGUUAUCUUUGACCUCUUUGUUGCCUCUCUGAUUAAUCCCCUUUUAUAACCCAACCCUGAUCUGUACAUCUCCACAACUUUGUUCCUGACCUGUUUGGAGAGCUCCUUGGUCUUCAUGGUGCCACUUGCUUGUUGGUGCCCCUUGCUUAGUGGUGUUGCAGACUCUGGGCCUUUCAGAACAGGUGUAUUUAUACUGAGAUCGUGUGACAGAUACUGACACUUAGAUUGCACACAGGUGGACUUUAUUUAACUAAUUAUGUGAAUUCUGAAGGUAAUUGGUUGCACCAGAUCUUAUUUAGGGGCUUCAUAGCAAAGGGGGUGAAUACAUAUGCACGCACCACUUUUCCGUUAUUUAUUUUUUAGAAUUUUUUGAAACAAGUUAUUUUUUUCAUUUCACUUCACCAAUUUGGGCUAUUUUGUGUAUGUCCAUUACAUGAAAUCCAAAUAAAAAAAAACUAUUUCAAUUACAGGUUGUAAUGCAACAAAAUAGGAAAAACGCCAAGGGGGAUAAAUAAUUUUGCAAGGCACUGUAUUGCCUGGUUCCUAAGGUCAGGUCACAGCUCCAUGAAACAAUGGGCAAUGAGGGGCCUUAAAUAUGUACACCGUUAUCAGAAGACAUCUUGUGCUGUAUCAGAAUCAUUGCCUUGUUUACUUGACCUCCAGGAAGUGUUCCCUGGGGAGUAGCUUGAUUAAUCCUGGCCAUCCGGAUAGCAGGGGCCAUAUACAGCAAAGCACUGCACUACCCUUAUGCAACUCCCAGAUUGUCUAUGCACCCAAAAUAACUGUGCAAGCAUUCCAUAAAAACCCAGCUGCAACUGAUUGAUGGGCUAUUCUGAGAUGUAAUCUAAACAUUUGGGUUGGGGAGCUUGACAAAAGCCAGCCAGGGGCUCUUUCCCUGGCCUAGUAAUAAGGUGAGUCUGAGAGAGAGAGAGAGCGAGAGAGAGAGAGAGAGAGAGAGAGAGAGAGAGAACAUUCAAGUGGAUGCUGUCUUAGUUCGCCCCAUGCCAAAAUCUCAGGAUCUCUCAGAGCGAGAGAGACAAUAACAAUCGUAUCAAGUGUCUGCUCAGUAAAAGCCAGGGACAUUUUAAGAGUCCCCAUGUACACAUUUUACCUUUGUACUUUUGGUUUUUACCCAAGCUUGCCUGGCAGUGAUGGUGCCAUCCACGCACACUGCCUUUCAACUGCGUUCCAGCCUGUCCAUUAAGACAAGGCCACAGUGUUAUGAUGGAAAGCCUAGUGACCAUGAUGCACUCCUCUCUCUCAGCAUAAUGUCUGUUGAUAAAAUGUUCUAUGUGUUCUUUCCGCUAUGAAACAAUGCAGUGGAAAGAGUGUGGCAGAGCAGGAAGCUGAGCCAUCAGCCCCAGCCAAGCCCCCCGUCAACCUAGAGGAGAUCAGAUCAGAGAUCAAGGCAAAGAUCGAGGAGGAGGCCUACAAUAAAGGGUGAGGCCCUUUUCUAUGUACCCGCUCACACUGACCACCCACACACAUACCCACAGUCACACACCCUGUGCACGCUGACAGAAGAGUGGCGCAACACUGGCUGUACUGUACUGACAUAAUAGUAUGAAGAAUCAACAAAAUAUACAGUACAUUCAGUACAUUCAGCAUUCAAAUAAAGUUAAGUAGUUUAUAUGUAAUGAGCCACUGCUGCCUUGUGAUACUUCCUAUACGUUCAGCUCAUGUGCUUUUAAUGAUAAAACAAAUGUAAUGUUCCAAAUACAGCUACCAAGAGGGACUGAAGAGAAGUAAAGAAGUCAAAGAGGUGGUGGAGGAGGAGGAGGAGGAGGAGGAGGAGGAGAACGCAGAGGAAUUGCCAGAAAAGAAGGAUGAAGAAAAAGGAAAAGAAGUCAGCAGAAAAGAAAAGUUCAGCAGGUGAUUUUCACUUCAUGUAGAUAAAUUGUAAAUACAUAAUUAUGUAUAAUGACUGGGUGUAUACCUUGAAUUGUUCUGAAUCCCCUCUCAAUGUCGCCUUUACAGUAAGGUUGAAGAGAUCCUAGUUGUCCUUGACCGGCUUUGCCCCAAGAUUUUCCGCCGUAACCGACUUCUCUGGAUUGUUUUGACGCUGUUCCUGGUCACGUUUCUGGUCGUCAAUGUUUUCACAUACUUUAGUGAUCGCUAUAACAACCAUGGGGACAUGUCGGCAGAAAAAGCCAUGGUCCAGGGCAAGAAGAAGAUAUUUGGACUGAAUGUAGGAGUACAGCCAAAGAAUCCCACUCCAGAAUAA